AUGUUAGUACCAGUUUUUUCAUUACAAUUAAAUAAUAAAGUAUUUCCACGUACUGUUGCUGUCGGUAAAUUUAAUGGAAAAAGAUCGUGUCUUGUUGGUGCUACUGCUGGAAAUAAAGUAUUUAUUCAUUCACCACAAGAUAAUAAUCCUCAAGCCCAACAAUUAGAAGGAAAUGUUUCACUUCUUAAUGUUAAUCAAGUUGUAACAAGUUUAGCAUGUGGUCAACUUGAUGAACAAUUAAAAAAAGAUUUACUUGUUGUUGGAACAAAUACAAAUAUAACUGCUUAUGAUAUUGAUAGAAAUGUUGAUUUAUUUUUUAAAGAAACUCCAGAUGGUGCACAUGCUAUUACUAUAGGUAAAUGGGGUGAAUUACCCGAACAAUUAGCUAUUGUUGGUGGUAAUUGUUCUAUACAUGGUUUUAAUAAAAAAAGUGAAGAUGUUUUAUGGACAGUAACAGGUGAUCAUGUAUCAUCACUUGCUCUACUUGAUUUUAAUGGCGAUGGUUAUAAUGAACUUGUUGUCGGUUCACAAGAUUAUGAUAUACGAGUAUUUCGUGAAGAUCAAUUAAUAUCUGAAAUGCAAGAAACCGAAACAAUUGUUUCAUUAUGUCCAUUAAUUGGUGCAAGAUUUGGAUAUGCAUUAGCUAAUGGUACAGUUGGAAUAUAUGAACGAUCAAAUCGAAAUUGGCGUAUUAAAUCAAGAAGUAUUGCAAUUGUUUUACAAGCUUAUGAUGUUGAUGGUGAUGGUGUAGAUGAAUUAGUUACUGGUUGGAGUAAUGGCAAAGUUGAUAUUCGAAGUGAUCGAAAUGGUGAAGUUAUAUUUAAAGAUAGUCUUAAUUCAUCUGUUGCUGGAAUUGUUAAAGCGGAUUAUCGAGUACCUGGUGAAAAUUUACUAAUUUGUUGUUCGAAUGAAGGUGAAGUUCGUGGAUUUAAAUUUUCUGAACAAGGUGUCAAUGCAGCAGCUGCUAAUUUAUAUAAAGAUCAACAAGAAGCAAUUCGAGAUUUAGCUCAAAAAAAACAAGCUCUUUUACUUGAGCAUCAAAAUAUCCAAGAUGCCAUAGAAAAAAUAAAAAAACCAGGCAAUGAACAGAAUAAACAAAUUGCAUUAGAUCCCGCUGCAGAAAUUCCAGCAAAUACUGAAAUUCAAACAAUAUUAACUGUUGAACAAAAUCGAAAUGAUUCUCCGGCACAUAUUGCAAUUAGAAUGAAAACAUCAAAUCAUACAAUCAUACGAGUUGUAACACUCUUUGCAGAAGGUUUAUUUAAAGGCGAAUGUCUUGUCGUUCAUCCAGCUACUAAUCAAGUUCGAGAAAAUAUUGUUGUACCUAUUAUUCCACCGAGAGAUGCACCUGUUGAUUUACAUCUUCAAAUAUUUGUUGGUCUUAAAUCAAGUACAUUGUAUCAUGUUUUUGAAUUAGCACGACCAUUACCUAUGUUUUCAAUGUAUUUAUUAACUGAAAAUUCACCCGAAGGAGAACCAAAAGGGUUUAUUUCAUUUACAAUUAAUGAACGUAUUCCACGAGUUCUUGUUUGGAUAAAUCAUCAUUUUCUUCUUGCUCAAGAAUAUGCACCAAAUACACCAUCUUUAUUUGUCACUUUUCUAGCAGUACGAAAUAAUGAGAAACUUAUUAUAAAAAUGCAAAAUACCGGACAAAUAACAAUUCGAACGGAUGAUAUGGAAUUAGCUGGAAAUAUUGUUCAAUCAUUGGGUAAAUUUUUAAAUAUUGAAGUUUUACAAACAGCCGGGGAUUUUCCACAAGAACUUGAAACACUUCAAAAAGUGUUUUCACAUAUUGAAGAAUAUCAAACAGUUCGUCAACGGAUAUCAUCAGAUAUGGCUGAACAUGCAAAUAUUAUUCGAAGUUUUUUAAUACGUGCAGAAGAUUCUCGUUUAAUUGGCGAUAUAUCUGCUAUGAAACGACAUUAUCUUGAUUUAUUAAAUUUAAAUCGUGAUUUAAUUAAUGGUUAUAAAAUUCGUUGUACAAAUCAUGAAGAAUUAAUGAAAAAUUUACGAUAUCUCAAUCAAAUGGUACAAAAAGCAGGCAAUUUAAGAAUUGGAAAAUUUAAAACAAUUACAAUUAAUCAAUGUCGUUCAGCAAUCAAAACAAAUAAUGCACAAUUAUUGAUUAAAUCGAUUAAAACUGGCAAUGUUUAA